AUGGAUACUGAACGAUCCUCAUCAACCAAUUCAAGCUCUUCCCGAAACCGAGAACUACUACCAUGUAGCUCCAAAUCAGACGCCGAAAAGACUCUCGAAAAUGACUUGCCGCCUAUUGAUGGCGGUUUCCACGCGUGGAUGUUCUUGGCAGCGUCCACCAUGAUCGAAGCCCUGGUUUGGGGAUUUGCGUUCUCAUUUGGUGUUUUCGAGAGCUAUUAUCGGGAUAGUGACUUGCUGAAGGGUUCGAACAUGGUUGCCGUUAUUGGAACCUGUGCCACGGGUGUCGCAUAUUUGAGCUGUCCUGUGGUAAUCGUCACCAUGAUUCUUCUCCCUCGAUACGCUAGAUGGUUCUCCACGGCAGGCUGUAUAAUAAUGUGUUUAUCACUAGCCAUGGGUUCAUUUUCCACAAACAUCACACACCUCGUCCUCUCGCAAGGAGUCGGUUUCGGAAUCGGUGGCUGUAUUGCUUACAGUCCAUCAAUCAUGUUCAUGUCAGAAUGGUUCGACAAGCGCAGAGGCCUUGCUUUCGGUAUGGUCUGGGCAGGAUCAGGCAUUUCCGGCAUAUUAUUUCCACUCGUGCUAGGAAAACUAUUGGACCGCUUCGGAUUCGCGACAACGUUGAGGAUCUGCUCGGUCCUGCUGUUUGUACUUGCCGCUCCGUUCUUAUACUUUCACAGACCACGGCUUCCGAUUUCGAAAAACAUUGCCCACCACCGUUUCAACGUGAAAUUCUUGCGUAAUCCUGUCUUUAUUAUGUAUCAAGCUUGCAAUGUGCUUGAGGCUUUUGGAUUCUUUUUACCGGCUAUUUAUCUGCCGACUUUCGCGCGUUCGAUUGGUGCUUCGGAGUUACUUGCUUCUUUGACUGUAACGGCGUACAAUCUGGCGUCUGUCUUUGGGAGUAUAUCAAUGGGACAUUUGUCUGAUCGUUGUCAUGCUUUGAUUUGCAUCAUGAUUUCGACAAUUGGGACUGUGAUUUCGAUCUUUUUACUGUGGGGGUUCUCCACCAACAUCGCAGUCUUGUUAGUGUUCUCUGUUGCAUAUGGAAUUUUCGCUGGGAGUUUCUCGGCGACUUGGUCGGGGAUGAUACGUGAGGUCCAAAAAGUGGACACUAGAUCUGACGCAACUAUCGUGUUCUCAGUCAUUGCAUUUGGACGAGGAAUUGGGAAUGUUGUCAGUGGGCCAUUUAGCGAGUUUCUGCUCCGUGUUGAUAACUGGCAGGGACAUGCGACUGGAGCAUACGGUACUGGGUUUGGACUUCUCAUUGUCUGUACAGGCCUUACUGCCUUGACAAGUGGCAUGUGCUUGCUUGCACACUAUUGCAGAUGUAUAAAGACUGCUUGA